UUCUGUUCCUCCAUCAUCAUUAUUCGACGAUUUCGCGCCGAACAUCGAUCUCCUCGUUCGUCAGUCGCACUCUUAAACAUCACCAUUUAAGGCUAUAUCCGAACCUCUUACUCAAAAUGGGAGGUGGUCCCAGAGUCCGCUACCCGAAGCACGUCUGGUCACCGGCUGGUGGCUGGUACUCUCAACCCGCAAACUGGAAAACCAAUACCGCGAUAAUUGGCGCUGUCAUGUUCGGUGUCGCUGCCAUGGCCUUUAGCGUUUCUGCGGAUAGAGAAGUCCGUACCAAAUUUCCGGAACAAGGGAGAUUUUUCCCGAGUCGAUGGUGGAGCAAACAAAUCGGUGAACACGAAAAGGAAUCGGCUGCGGCAAGCAAGUCAUGAAGAAAAAUGACGGGGAGGUUCAUUUGGGUUGAUGAUCUUUGUGCAUUAUACAUACAUUCUUCCUCUUGGCGUUGAUUCAAUGGGAUUAGAUACACAUACUAUUAUCAAUCGAUCAAACAAUCGAUCAAGCAAUUGAAUUUCUUUUUUGUAUUUCUGAGGCUUUGGCAAAGUUGUGAGCGAGUUGCUUCGUAUAUAGACGGAUCCGUUCAGUAUAACUUUCACCAUUCCACGACUCCUCUCCUCCGUCGGAAUGGGAUAUAUUCGGCAUCCCUACUUGUUCGAUUACAAAGCUAGCCGCCACUGUGGCACAAAUCAAUGCUACCGGAAUCCGCCCUUGCUCACCCCAUGAAUUGGCAAUGGAAGCCCAUUCUACAGAUUCUCCAAGUGUUGAUCUGACAACUCUGAGCGGUUUUGUGUCAUUGCUAACAAGGGACUGAGCUAGGGCUCCAAGAAACGCAUUUCCGGCGCCUGUUGGAUCAACCACGUUCGCCCCGUGGUAUGCCGGAAUAUGCAAAGAGAGAUCCCGGGAGAAUGCAUAACAGCCGUCCUUCCCUGCUCUCACCACGAGCAUUCCAUUUCCGUCUUGCCCAAUUCCAGAUUUCACUAUGUCGUCUGCUAUGGCUUGGUCCCCACCAUUUCUAGCAUUCCAUGAUUCAUUGCCAAACAUAUUAGCCAACUCAAGAUCAUUGGGGCUGACCACGUCCACCUGUUUCAAAGCCUUAUAGAACAUUGGAAGCUCCUCUGGGCGACACAAAUCUGGCACAGGCUCCCACACAAAAAUUGGACGCCGCUCAGCAAUAGGCUGUUCAACCUCUUUGCGUUGCGAAAUUCUUUCCCGCCUCUGAAGAAUUCCCUCGAUAAUCUGACAGCAGCGUUCAGGGGAGCAGACCAUGUGAAAUGUUUUGGAAAAUACUUGAGAGUCCGAAAGCGAGCUAUGAUGUAAGCGAAGUUUUGGUGUAAGAUACCGGAAGUCUUUUUUUUUAUGCCCCGCAUACAAGACGAGUCAGCAAGCUGUAAUUGUCAACUGAGGUAGUUCCGAUGUGCAAGUACCUGUUUACUUACCUCUUUUCUCGUUCGGGCCGUAACGAUUCCAUGCCCGUGUAGUAAGCCUUUCUGAAGACUCUCUCAGUAUACAGGAGGUAUCCCAGGAUGAAAUAAUCUGUCGCAUUUCCACCGGGAAGUCAGAGCCAGCAUCGACGAUCCAGUUUACUGACUGGGAAUGCUCCUUGCCCGCUACAAUUCGCGCGCCAACAACUGCAUAGGCGCCAGCGCCUCCAAUGAUGUUUUUCACAGGUGGCUUCGGGGCUUCAAAUUCAAUCUCAUCUACAUUUAUGAAGCGUCAGAAGCUGAUAUAUACACAUAUAGCCGCUCUACUUUGGGUAGUGCAAUGACUGACCGAUAAUGAACAUUCCCAACGUGCAGAAGUCGACAUUGCAUAGGAAUGGUGCGUUACCGGUGUCGUUUGUAGACAUCCUAUCAGACACAUGUAGAUAUCCAAUUUAGGUGCGAACUAAUGAAUCUAGUCA